AUGGGCUGUGGAGGAAGUAAAAAAGAUACAAAUGUUGUCCCACCUAAAAUAGGUGAAAAAGAAACGAUUGCAAGUGGAGCUUAUGAUCCAGGCUCAAAUAAAAUUAAAAACGACGAAAUCCCUGAUGAAGAAGCAGUUGUAUUAAAUGACGCAAAAGUGCUGAAAAAGAAACCAACUGACUAUAGAGAGAACCUAGAAGAGCCAAAAGCACCAAUUGUCGUCCCAGUUAAAAAAGAACCCCCACUUCCUCCUAAGAGUGGGGCUGAAGAACCAAAAGCAAAACCUCUGUUUCAGGAACAAAAAAGUGAAAAUGUCCCUGUAAAUAAAGCGAUGACAUUUCAGCAACCUCCACGGCCACCUUCAAAACUGCCACCUAUUAAUGAAAAACCAAAUUUUCCGAACUUGAAACCUGAGUUUGAUUUCGAUUUUCUAGAAGAAAACGAUAAGUCAGGAAGAGGAGGAACUGAGGCACAGAAGAAAAAUGCAGAAAAAAUUGUUAUCGUUGACCAGCUGCUGGAGGAAUUUAACGAUAUCUAA